AUGAGAGACAGAGGGAGAGACCCAAAAAAGUUUUUAUUCAUUUCUGGGUUGAAAAUGGAGACGGGUAACGGGGGUUCGAAUGGAGAGGAACCCACUUCUUGGGAGGAGCUUUACAAUAUCAAUUUGAUUCCUACGGAGGUUUUCUUGAAGUUCAGGAAAGAAAUUCAAGGGUUUCGUGUUGGUGUCAAUUUGGAGUUGUAUAACGCUCCCAUGAAUGACUACCAUGCAAAACUAGUAUUGAAACCUUUAGCCUAUGAACGCCGAUGGAAGUUUAUUUACGAGCCUUUGCACCAGGAUGUGCAGCUUGUUUCCAAGAAGAUCCCAAUAACAAAAUUUCUGAAUCUUCAGGUAGGAGUAGGCCAUAGCUUUCAGUUGCAUGCUACAGGUUGGAAAUGGAAGCUGACGACAUGUUUGGGUGGAGAUGGUGUAUCCAGGAUUCGGAAUAAAACAUCCCUUGGCUUGUGUCCAGGAGUGGAUUUCCGUUUUGGUUGGAGGGCGGAUUAUGUUCUUCCAGAAAUUACUGGGGCACUGGGCACCGAUGCACCAUUGUUCAACAUGAAUUCUGGACGUUUACAGGCAUCGCUGGACAGAAUCGAGGCCAUUUUUACAAAUUAUGAUGCAACAUAA